AUGGAGGAGGAGCCUGCUGGAAGAGACUCUCGUAUAAUACCAACCAGCAAAAAAAAUCUGCUAGCUCAGACACUGCUGCAAUGGAGCAAGGCAGGAGUAGUACCACAUGGAGCUAUUCAAAAGGCAGCAACACAGUUUGGUGUUAGCAGGAAGACAGCCCAGAGAAUUUGGGCAGAAGCAAAACUCCAAAUUCAGAGUGGAGUACCUGUCAACAUAAGAGGCAGAGUUAAGGGAUAUGAGCACAAAGACAAAUUCCAGCUUGAUGCUGCAAAGGUAAGAGAGCUGUCAGUUCUUGAGAGAUCUAACAUUCGUAAGCUUGCUUAUAAACUUAAUGUAAGCAAGAGCACAGUUGGUAGGUUUGUGAAAAAACAACACCUAAGGCCACACACAAAUGCCAUUAAGCCUAUACUUACCUCUUCAAACAAAGUGGCCAGAAUUAGAUGGAGUCUAAGCCAUAUUCAACCACUCAUAGCCAAUGGUAUGCUAAAAUAUCACCCAAUGCACAAUGUGGUGCACAUAGAUGAAAAAUGGUUUUACAUGACUAAGACUUCAGAAAGGCCACAUUUUGCAGAAAAUGGAGAAGUCAUUUUUGAUGGAAAAAUAGGCAUAUUUCCAUUCACAACUAUGGAGCCAGCAAAGAGGAAGUCCAAGAACAGACCAAGAGGCACUAUGGAGACAAAGCCAAUUCAAUCAGUUAACAAGGAAGUAAUGAGAGCAUGCCUAAUUGAGAAGAUCAUACCAGCAAUCAAGGCAAAAUGGCCACAUAAUGUGAGCAAGGAGAUUUUCAUACAACAAGACAAUGCCAAGCCUCAUAUACACCACAAUGAUGCUGACUUUCUAGCAGUAGCAUCCACAGAUGGGUUCAAGUUUCAACUGUUUUUGUCAUUUUGUCAUUUUGUAAAGCCUCCAAACCAAUACAGGGGUGGCUUUUAA